GCAUAUAACCAGCUUGUUGGAGAUGUGGCCAGCCACUGCCAGUGACGACAUCAAGAAGUACCUCAUCCAUGAGCAGAACUUUGGUUUCCUUUGGAUUGAUGGACACUGGAUUGUUUUCCACAUUUCCGUUGAAGCGGACACCACAGUUGCCCGUACUCCCAACACAAUUGUCAAGGCUGAACACUGUGUGCCUCAAACACAUGGUUCUCACUGUGGAGCAGUUGCACUACUCAACCUCGGUGUAAUUCUCAAGCUCUGGCAACAAGCCGAUGAAGCUACAGCUGAGUUGUGGCAUCAGAUGCUUUUGUCCAAGCAGCAACGGCAAGGGCGGGGCAAAGACGAAGCAGCAAUUACCAUGCUUGCUGACAUCCUUCAUUCCAAGGGUGUACCAGCCGAUCAGUUACAGUCACGUGCGCAAGCUGCCAUUCGCAAGCUUACUUUGCCUGUCGUGGAGAAGGCUUUAGCUGCCAAAGACCCGUGGAAGGCAUUAAAGGAGGUUGAUGACAUGGAACUCAUCCCAGGCAGCUUUGUUGAUCCAGCCGGUGACGACUGUCCUGUGCUCACCAUCCAAGAGCUUGUCAGUGACGCCAAAGGGGUUGCCAUCGUGACACAGGAAAUGGCUAAGGACCUUCGAUCAGACUCCACCAACCUCAGUGUGGACUCCUUGGCGGUAGUGACCAUUGGAGAGCUUCCUGCUGAUACUUCGGAUCGGGUGACAGCUGUUCAAAGGUUCACUGUGCAGCUUGGAGAUCUCUCAGUUGAACGGAAAAAGCAUGAGAGUGCACCAGAGGUUCCGCAGCUGGACACUACAGUCCUCAGACUAAGCGUGCACAAAGAUAUGUGUGAUUGGGAUUGGGAUGAGCUCAAGCAAGGACCGCUCAAGUUCCUCGUGGCCAGGACUCCUCAGCUUCAAUACUGUGAUGGCACGGACUGCAUGAAGAACUGUUCCAAGUUUCAUGCAGCAGUUGACGAAGCUGUCAACACAGUCAUUUUGGAUGCUUGGUCCUGGCGAUGGUGCACCAAUGAUGGAAAGCAGGUGAAGAUUGCCAUUGCGGACAUGUUUGGAGUGUACCUCAGGGUUCCUUCAUCUGGACUUGAUUCUCUCCUCAAGAUCAGUGGAUGGCAUGGCCUUUUCUUUGAGCCCCGCUCCAAUGUUUCGCAAGGAUCUCAUCCUGCUUACAAGGUCGUUUGGCUUCCGAAGAACACCAGUCUUGAUGAAGUGCACAAGAAAAAGCGAAACAUUGAUGUGGUGUUGGGAUUGGCCAGGAUGGCUUGCAAAUUGGGCCUCCGCAUCAACGUCAAAGAUGAAAGUAUGGUCCUCAAGCAGCUUUAUCCUGACUCCAAGCAAGUUGCAUGCAAAGUUACCCUCACUUUCGAAGUUGGACCACUGCCCUUUGGCAUGACCAGGGAGGACAUUGUGCUUCUGCUCUCAGCAUGGAAAUGGUUGGCCAAGCUCAUCAGACCUCUCAGAUCCACUCAGGGCGAGGUCACAGUUACCUUGAGAUCGCAGAAUAGCAAUGAGACGGAGCAGAAGAAAGUGGUCUUUGCUUCUGCAAAGACGCAG